AUGUCCGAUGACAGCCCGGGAGAAAGGCGCGGCUUCCGCGCCUUCUUCGCCAAUGCCCUCCGGCCCAAGAAAUCCCGACAAGUCCUACGCAAGGGCUACAGCGCAUCUACACCAGACCUCCGAGCCGGCUUCAAGCGGCCCAGCACCACCAGCGAAGAUGUCCCUCCACUGCCCUCCCUGGCGCCAUUGGAGGCCCAUCGCCUCAAAUACCGGGAACUCAACGCCAACAAAGACACCCAACUCGGUGAAAGCCGCGAUCACACCGAAAUCCUGCACGCCAUCGGCGUCCAGGACAUCGACCCUUCAGACCCCUACGCCAACCGCUCCGAGUUCGACAACCGUCCUCCAGGCGAGCCCUUAAUCGCCAGUCUUACCCCAAUCCUCUGGGCAGAGAUCUGCUCCUAUCUCAAUCCCGCCGACCAAGCCAGUCUCGCCUUCGCCAGCAAAACCCUCCUCUCCAAGCUCGCCCCGCUUCAACCCUGGCAAGCCCUCAAUGACCCUUCCAACCGCGAAUACCGAUCCGACUUCCUCGUCUCCCAAGACCGCUACCUCCCCCAUCACCUCCUCUGCUUUCCCUGCGCCCGCUACCACCGUCGCACCCAAGAAGGCCACGAGAAACUGCAACCCGCCCAUGUCAUCAACCCUCUUUUCAACUGCCCCAACAUGCGCAACUCCCUCCUCCCGCCCCCGCGUCACCGCAUCACCCACGGCCGCACCCUCCCCUUCAGCUUCGUCCAACUCGUCAUGCGCGCCCACAACUUCUCCCCCUCCUACGGCCUACCCCCGGAUUCCCUCUCCCGCCGCUGGCGCCGCGACGACUGGUCCCACCACACUCGCUUCCACAUCCACAAAGGUCACCUGCUGAUGCGGGUCAUCAGCACUCGCUUCGCAGACCCAGACCUCCCGCCCAGCUCACAACGUCUCCUCCUCUACUCCCGCGAAGACUACUGGCCGUAUUUCUCUGCCUGCGCACACUGGCGCGACGGCGAACUCAUGAACGUCUGCAAAUGCGCCCUCACUCACAUCCCCAAACCCCGCGACACCUCCGCCCUACAGGGUCUCGAACACCGCGCGAAGGACCUCAUGGCGCGGCGCAUUCAUAACCCUAAUUCCAUCGCCACCCUGUGCGGGAAAUGUCGCCCCAUGCGCCGCUGUCCGGAGUGUCCGUCCGAAUACCUCGUCGAGAUCAAGUUGACCGAGGAUCGCACGGACCCGCGCUCCUUGCACUUCCGACAUGCAAUUGUGGUCACCCGGUGGUGUGAUCUAGGUGACGGAAAGUCACCGCGGCUGUCGAGGGAAUGGGCAGCGUGUAAUGGGUUAUUGGAGGGGUAUGAUUCGUUUCAAAUGCUGGGGAAGCGGUCUAUCUCAGGGAUUUUUGAAGCUUCGAUUGCGGAUGAUACCUUACCUGGACAGAGGAUUAUAUCGAUGAAUCCGAAGGGGAAGAAGAGGGGGGAGGAUGGGACGGGGUGGUAUUGA